GCCGUAUUGGCUGAUGAUUGGUGCUUCAAGAUGAGAGGUGCCGAUAUUCUGCUUACCUGGCUGCUGCUAUGCAGUGCUACAGUUGCCCAAGUAGCUAGGCAGCCUGAGCUCGCUGGUCAUUACCUCGCUCAACACCAACACACUCUGGGCAUUUCCGAAGAGGAUGAAUCGAGUUCUCUGUCCAAAUUUCACGGUUUCCAAUUAUGGACUGAAAAGAACGAGAUACACGCCAGAACGCUAUCAAAGCUCAGCUUGGCAUGCAGGGCAUCCAUGACGCAGAGGAUCCACUGUCACCAGAAGACGCGAUCCUUGCAGCGGCAGUGGGCGCGUUGGAGGCAUGGUCCGGGUCUGGGAAACGACACGCUUAGCGAUCUGGUCUGUGACAGCGGUUGUGGGGAGUCCAUCGCCGCGUGGUUUCGGAGCGUUGAGCGUGACUGCGCCACGCUAGAGGAGAAAAUGCUUUUCCCAACCCUGCGGGGUGGGCAGCUGUGGGCGGGUUGGAACGAGACUUGUCUUAAGGAUGAGGGGACAGGGAGAUACUGUGGUGAUAUUAUUAAUGGCUUUAGCACAUCCUUUAUUGAUGAAAUGCCGGUCGGAGAACUCUGCUCCUUCUGCAAUGUGCAAUGGCAUCGCGUCAUGCAAACCUCACCCUUCUCACUCUACGACAGAAACUUCAAGUCGUACCUCGAACACAUCAACCGUGCCUGUGAGCUCAACCUUCCCACAGCCAUCCCGAAGCUCGUGCUCUCCGAGGAUCCACAUAUAGAGCGUGACCCGUACUGCGCGACCCUCCUUUCAUAUACCACCUCGCCCGGGGACACAUGCGACAGCAUUGCGGCGCAGUUCCAGGUUGCCUCGGCGGCUGUUCGAGCGGUGAGCUGGCCGCUCAUCGACUGUUUCGCUAUUCCCGAGGGUACGAGGUUGUGCAUUCCGUUCAGGUGUAGAACCUAUACCCUUAGGUCUGGGGAUACGUGCGACUCAAUCGAGCGAGAGUUCGACCUCGAACCCUCCUGGUUGGGAGUCUCGGCAAUUCGGGCGUAUAAUCCCUGGGUGAAUGAGGAUUGUUCCAAUCUGCAUGAGGCGAGUGAUGCUCUUUUCGGGCAUGUUAUCUGUGUUGGCCCAACGGGUCAGUCAGUCCUGGACACGUAA